AUGGCUACGACCUGGGUGGCUAUCGCCAUAGAGACUUGGGCCAAUAACCUGAAACACAGUUUCAUGUCUAAUCCCACUAAGGACCAAUUGUCUCUGCUUGCUUAUAUCAGAGAUGCGGCCUAUUAUAUUGAGUCUAGAAGACAAAUGGUGUCUCCCAAAAGUUUAUCUCAUUGCCUCCAGAGACACAACCAGAAGGUGCCAGCAUACAGGGCCAGGACACGAGAUCCAGAAGCAAGCUCCGUAGAUGAGCUCACAGUCCUUUGGCCCUUUCCUCUGACCUAUCUCUUCCCUCCACUGUCUCUCCUUCUAAGAGUACUUCAGAAGUUCAAGGAGGAUGGCAGCACACUCGUUUCCUAUGCAGUUUUGUUCUCAGAUAAACCCACCGUGAGUACGGAAAUAAAGAAUAUUAGUUAUACCACCUUGUCAGAUGAGGAGCUUUUAAUUUUCAACAGAAUGUCUGACAUGAUUCCUACAAUUAAGUUCAACAAUUUUAACUACACAACAAGUGCUAAGAAGAGUAAAGCCACCAUUUUUAAUCCAAGAGAGAUAUACUGCAUUGGUGAAAAGUUAAUUGUCCAAAUUGACAUGUUUGAUCAUUUGGGCAAUAAGAAAGUAUAUGGUGGUGACUUCAUAAAAGCAAGAAUCUUUACACCAAAUCUUAAUGCCGGGGCAUCAGGGAGGGUUGAAGAUUUUAACAAUGGAUCAUAUCAUGUUCAUUUCACUCUAUUUUGGCAAGGAAAAGUCUUUAUCUCCUUGGUACUUUACCAUCCAAGUGAAGGUGUUUCAGCACUAUGGAGAGCAAGGAACAAGGACUAUGGCCUCAUAUACUUUUUAGGUACCUUUGUCAAUGGUAGCCAACAAGUCAAGAGUGAUUGUGGAUUUCAACUCAAAUUCAAGAAAGAAGUAUGUGAAUAUAGACAUGAACAUGACAAGGAAUGGUUUUAUUGCACAAAGCCAGAGAUGUUCCAUUGUGAGUCAUUAAUAAUGCUCCAGUCCUACAACAGAGAUGUGUCAUACCUUACUGAGCCCGAGAAAACUUUGUUUAAAAGAAAAAAUAUAGCAGUCGCUAUUGAAAAUGAUUUUGAAAAUAUUGUUGUAUCGACGUGUACAGCUACAGCCCCUUUACAACUGGAACGAUGUAAGAUUGGAAUGCAGUCUCCCUUUCCCAGUGGCUUUGUGUUAAAUAAUGAAUGGAGACCAGUCUUCUGUAACAUCUCCAAAUUUACCAACCAGGAACAAAAAUACAAUUGUUUAAGUGACAAAAUGAUCUAUAUUUUAGGAGAUUCUACCGUACGACAAUGGUUCCUGUAUUUGGUAAACUCACUGAAAGAAUUCAGGAAUUUCAAUCUGCAUAGAACAGGACUGGAAUCGCUGCUUUUUGCAGUACAUGAGAAAAGGAAUAUUCAGUUAUACUGGAAAAAGCACAGUCAUCCUAUUGUUGCAAGUAAAUCUUACACAGUUAAAGAUGAUGCCUACAUGGCUGAGGAGAUAGAUCAGCAAGCAGGUGGUUCAAACUAUGUUGUAGUCAUCAGCUUUGGCCAGCACUUCAGACCUUUCCCGAUCCAGCUCUUUAUCAGGAGAGUUAUUAAUGUGCACAAGGCUGUGAAACGUCUCUUCUUACGGAGUCCUGAGACCAAAGUUAUUAUCAAAGCAGAGAACACCAGAGAGAUCAGUAGUGAUGCAGAGAGAUUCAGUGACUUCCAUGGCUAUAUCCAAUAUCUGAUUGUGAAGGAUAUCUUCCAAGAUCUUCAUGUUGCUGUGAUAGAUGCCUGGGACAUGGGCAUUGCUUACAAUAUAAAUAAUGUUCACCCACCUGAACAUGUAGUGAUGAACCAGGUACACAUGUUCCUAACAUAUAUUUGCUAG